AUGAGCGCAUCCCUUUCCUCUAUCCUGGCUGCGUGUGCCCUUACCUGGAAAUUCCUAUCUUGUUUCAUUGCGUUCUUCGCUAUCGACCGCUUUGGCCGGUGCACGUUGUUCAUAGUCAGCGGGACGGGCAUGUCAGCUUGUAUGGCCGCUUUGGCUAUAACAGCCAGCUUUGGUUCCACUAACAAGCACGCGUCGAUAGCAUCAGCGUGCUUCAUCUUUCUGUUCAACAUCUUCUACCCCAUCGGCUUCUUGGGUAGGAAUUUCUUGUACUGCACGGAAGUUGCGGCAGUGCACCUUCGAGUUGCUAUGACGUCAAUUUCUGCUGCCAAUCACUGGCUGUGGAAUAUUGUUGUUGUCAUGGUCACUCCGGUGGCUCUUGAGACAACUGGAUACCAGUACUAUAUCAUAUACGCGAUUUUGUCGGCCUGUAUUCCUAUUUUGGUGUACUUCUUCUAUCCGGAGACUAUGAAUCGUAACUUGGAGUUGCUGAUUCAUGUAUUUCGGGAUGCAUCGUCUCUCUGGAAGAUUGUUUCUAUGGCGCGGAAUCUGCCCCGGGGUGAUUCUACUGAUAUGGACUUGAUGGCUUAUAUCGAGGGAAAGAAUGGCGGAUCUGUUGAGAUGAAGGAGCGUAUCUGA